GUGACCGUCUCUUCGGGUGAAAGCUGUCUUCCCUGCGCCACUGGCCCGACAAAAACGUUGCUGUAGCAGAGCCAGUCCGCACCGACCAGAGGCAGAGCAGACACACGGGAGAAAGCACGUACGCACACGGGGAAUCUUUUUUUGUUCGACCGAGUGACUUUGAUUUGCAUAUCCACUUCCACUCCUUCCUCAUUUGCAUACAGCAAGAAUGGCGAGCGGGCAUCCCACAGACAAAUUCAGUUUCAUGUAUCAACCAGACACGCACAAGAGUAAGAACAGGUUAUCUUCAGCUAUGAAUCCAGUCUACAGCCCCGUUCAGCCUGGCACCCCAUAUGGAAACCCUAAGAACAUGGCCUUUACAGGCUAUCCAGGAGGGUAUCCUGCCACGGCUCCCACCUAUACACCCAACCUUUAUCAAACAGGCAGUCCUGGGUAUCCACCAGGAUAUACUUCAGCAGGCACCCCAUACAAAGUUCCCCCCACUCAGUCAAAUGGAGCCCCUCCCUACACCCCGACCCCCACCCCAUACCCAACAGCUAUGUACCCCAUCCGCAGUGCCUACCCUCAGCAGAACCUAUACACACAGGGAGCGUACUAUACCCAGCCAGUGUAUGCGGCUCAGCCACAUGUGAUCCAUCACACCACCGUGGUGCAGCCUAACAGCAUCCCCUCCACAGCCCUCUAUCCUGCUCCCGUCCCUGUACCUGCUCCUCGCAACAAUGGCAUGGCUGCCAUGGGGAUGGUAGCUGGGACAACCAUGGCCAUGAGCGCAGGGACCCUGCUGACAACGCCCCAGCACGCCCAGAUUGGAGGACACCCAGUUACUGUGCCAACCUACAGGCCCCAAGGGACACCUGGGUACAGCUACGUACCGCCUCACUGGUAGAGCCCACCCAUCAUAUCUGGAGUCCACCAUCAUAUGCAACUGCUCAAAUCUUACACGGGCUCCCACUGGUAACCACGGGAACUCGGCACCUGUCUGCAAGAACAAAACUAAAGUGCAACAGCCACUUUACUAUUAUUGUUAUUAUGCGACAUUCUCUUACAUUUUUCCAAAAGCUGCUUUUAUUUUUUUUAUUUUAUUUUUGUUCAUUUGCCAACCAGUCAUUACCUUAUUUUAUAUGGUUGUUUUAUUUCCUCACUUUCUUUUCUGUCAUUGGAACUCCAGAAGGACUCUUGACCAAUCACGGGUGUCAGUUGCUCCUGUUUCUAUGUUGUGCUGGUGUGUGUGGUCCUUCCUGCUGCUGCUCAGUUGGCUGGAAAAUAUUGGGCACUUACUCCUCAUUAUCAUCUACCAUCAGUCACUACGUAGACUCAUUGACUUAUGCUGCCAAAUUUUCUAACAACUAGAUAUCAGCACAGGGUUUUUAACAUAAUUAGGAGUUUUUCUUUUUCGGGUUAUUUAAUUUUUUAAGACUCUUUCUUUUUACCACACUCAACUGAAUUACUUAACUUUUUUUUCUGUAGACUUUUUUUCCUGCCUUUUGUUCUUCCUUCCUCUUCAUCCUUUUUUUAUCCGCUUUGUUUCACUUUCAGUUUAAUCUCAGUCGUCUUCCAGCACAUAGCUGUCUGUCCGGCAGUAGUCGGUCCAGUCGUUUCGUCUCCGUGUGAGUGCUAUGUCGCUAUGAGCAGAGCACUUACUGACCAUUAACCAUCCUGCUGCGUGUCCCACUGUGUCCACAUUAGCAUAGUACCUAGUACACACUAAGAAAACAUACUUCAUGCUACAUACUACGCAGGCUAGUAUGUUGUGAUACUAUCGAAAUCUUAACCCUAGCGUAGGUCAAUACAUUUAGAAAAUGUAAGGAUAUUUAUAAUAACCAUGUCAACAGCAUGGAUGGUCGUGCUCUCUCUCUCUCUCUCUCUCUCUCUCUCUCUCUCUCUCUCUCUCUCUCUCUCUCUCUCUCUCUCUCUCACACACGCAAACACACACGAGCAUGCACACACACACAGGGGCUCCUGUGGUGUGUUGGAAAACACAUGAUCACUUAGUGGCACUUACUGUACGAUACCUCCAGUUAUGUUGUUACUGAUCAACACACACACAAGCAAACACACACACACACCACAUGGAUUUCUAGGGGUGUGCAGGGCAGGCAGCAGAGAAGGAGUUUAAAGGGAUUGCAUUGGAGAGGAGAGCAGGACGAGACGGGGAGAGCAGACGACAGGGAAGGAGAAGAUGAUCACAUAUUCACGGUCGGUCAUUUCAUUUCAAGGUACAAGACAUUUGAGUUUGUGACCGCUCACCUGCAAGAGACUGCACAAGCACACUGCUAUUUUUGCACUAUAUGUGUUGUACAUUGACUUCUUGCUGCGAUUAUGUCGUCUCCUCCUCCUAUCUUCUUCCAGGCAAGGACUUAAAACCAAACACUCAACAGACAGAAACCCAGACUCUUGAGUAAAUAGUUAAUAAUGGACCAGUCAAAUAGCUGUGCUGAUAAAUGGAUAGGUGCAUUCAUUCAGUCCAUUCCACAGUGCUGUGAGUGCUGAAAAGACCAAACCAAUGACAUGGAUGGUUGUGCACCACAUUUAAAAAGAAAUUGUGUCCAGUCAGAAGGCUGUAAUGUGGUCCAUGAUAUAGGGAUGAUUUGUUAUUCUCAAAAUUUGAGUCAAAAUUUAACUUUGUGGGUAUUCCCAUGUGAAUUGCAGGAGCAAAAUGAGAAUACUGUCAUCCAAAAAGUGCUGGUUUUAGUGUUCAUGGCUACAACACUUUAAGAAUAUCAAGACAUAUUAGCAAGCAUGCAGAGCCGUGAUGAUGCAGUGUCACUUAGUUUUAAACCAGUCCAGUCCAGUUGGGCGUCAGGAGCAGUCCAACUUGACCUCCAGGAGCUAAUAGGAGGCUUUUUAGACUUUAAGUAGUUUUUAUGAAAAAGAAUCAUCCAUUUGUUCACUGUGCUUUUUUUUUCUGCAAGAGUCGGAGAUUUACACAUAUCUGCUUUUACCGACCGCAUUUAAACAUUAUCCUCAAUUUUUAAAAAUCCAGCAUUAACCUUGAUUUUAUUAAAAUUAUCAUUAAAUGAGGAUAAUAUUUGAGCCAAUGAGACAUGGACCAUAUAGUCAUUUUCUGUUGCCUUUUUUAUGCUUAUACAUGUAAAGGCAUUUAUGUACAUGCAAAGGAAUUUACAUCCACAGUAGGAUGACCCAUCUUAAUCAAACACUACGAACACACAGAGUAGUGGUGGUGGGGUUUAAUAUUUAGGUGAGGCCUGUGGUAUUUUUCAGGAUUUACAAAAAAAAAAGACUCGAAUCACAACUUCAUGAUCUGUAGAGUAUAGAUUGGUAUAACAAAAAGCAUUUACUGCGCAGGUAUGUAGAUGAAGUGGUUUGAUAUUGCAAUAAAAUAAGAGGGAAUGCCUCCAACUGUUAACACAGUAAUUAUUUUAUCAGCGUUUUGAAUUGAUUUUUAAAAAAAUGCUUAUUGUUGUAAUCUCUAAAUAUGGAUUACAGGCUCUGUAUGCAGCCUCCAUUCAAUAAUUAUUACACUUACCGCUAAGAAGAGUAGAACAUAUCAAGAAUUUGGGUAUUGAAUAAGUUUGUGAGGAAAUAUUGCACAACAUAAGACAAAAAAAAUAACUUGAUGACUAUAAUUUAAUGUUAAGUAACAGGUACCUAGGCUUUGUAGUGCAGGAGGGAGGAAGAAGCAAUUUAUAUUGUAAUUACAAAUAAAACAAUAAGGUCGAGUGUUUGAGGUAUUCUUAGUCCAGAUGUUUGUACACUAGAAAAUAUUACACAAUGCCGCUGUCGGAUGAAAACCGUCGAUCUUUGAGCCUUAUUUUUAAAACGACCCUUGUAUUUUGGAAGAUAUCAAGUGGAUGUUAUCGGCGUGAGGGUCAUAAAAUGUUCCCACUGUGUAAAGAUCUUGUACAUUUUGAUUCAAGCCAGUAAAACUGAAAAGAUACAGAAACUGGGCUUUUCUUGCGACAGCAGUAAUGUUACUUGUCAUUAGGAUUUAUUUAACCAACCACUACUUCUGUCAGUAUUUCUCAAUUAAAUCUUAUGUUUUUGGUUUUUUUUUUUCUUCUUUCCCUCUGGUGAAUUGAGCAUAAUGGGUAUGCAUAAUAUUCAGGUGUAUUUCACUAUAGCAUUGGAUCUCUAAGUUUAAAAAAAAAAUGCAGUAUAUUUAUACAGCAAGUGGUACAGUAAUGUAUUUCUAGCUAAGCAUGGUUGCAUCAGUGUGGCAGCUACUGUUUGUGCUUUUAAUAUAUAUUUUUUUUUUUUACCUCUUCUUCUGCAUCUCUGUCCUCAACAUAUCUGUCACUGAGGGGGACAAAGUUAAGGCAAGGUCUAGUAAAUAAACGUAGGACUUUUGGAAAUUCUCGCCAACAAAUUCCCACGUUUUUAUAAUUGUUUCCUGAAUUUACAGACCUUGAGGAUGCAGAGGAUUCAUGACUGAACUGAAAUGGAUAGCAUUUUUUGGUUGACUGAAAAAGGUUACCAUGAUGCUUUUGGAAGCCAUCUUUGCCGUCCAUUUCUGUUCUGUGGGUGCAAAGAUGUAUUGAGCGAUGUCUUGAAAACCCUCAGCCUCCACGCCCUUUGUUCUGUGCCAUAUUUCACCAACAGUUGUUUAGUAAAUAUUAGUUUCUUCUCCUAACUGGUGAAUUCUAAGUCCUUGUUAUGUCUAACUUCCUGUGAAUCUGUGUUUUCCCAUUGCUGUCCUAUUUCCCACAUUGUUGUUAUUGCAUAUUGCCUGUCUCCCCUUUAUCUUUCUUACUGUAUCCUCCUGUGUUUAUCCUAUUUUCAUUUUUUGCCACAACUCCCUUCAGAGGCCAUUUUACAUCCCUCUAACCAUUCAAACAUUUUGUUUUUAUCACGUUCAGGGAUGCAAAAUGAUGUCCGAUCAUAUGUUCUGCUCCUUCCCAUGUCCACUUUGACCUUUUCUUUGAACCCUCUGCUCUGUCUCAUGUUUUAUGGCCUUUAUGUGCUUUCAGUCUGACCUUUGCAACCCUCACCACCCUGUCUCAGUAGCAGUCAUAUUGAACUAUAUGAUAGUCAUUACAUUGGUGUCACUAAUGGUGAUAAUCUAUUGUAUUUUUUGGCAUGUGUGAAAUCUCCACUGAGCCUUUUUAAAACACUAGAUGUCGCCAGCGACAAAGUCUGGAUAGCAUCACCAUGGUUCAAGGCUUUGAGCCAAAAUGAUAAAUAAUUUUAUUGGUGUCAUUUACAUUUAAGAAUCACAACUGGAUGUCACAUUUUGAGCACAGAGAAAUUUUUGGGGAGUGGUCUUUCCAAAUGAUGUCUUUUUUUUCUUUCUUUUUUUUUAAGGAUAUUUUCAGAAAUGCCAUUUGAGACAACACAAAAAAUAGACACCAAAUAAGGUUGAAGUUUUUCUUUCUGGGCUGAGGACCAAUGCUCUUGAAAACUGUAAUUCUGUUUUAAUGUGGAGGCUCAGUAGAGAGGCAGACCCACAGAGCAUUUGGGAUAGUUGAAGGUAAACGACUCCCACAGAGCAGGCUCGUUUUUCAGGGUGGUGAAAAUGCUUCCCCAUUAAAGUCCAUUCCUUGCCUCUCAUUUAUUUCAGUUUGCACUUAAAUGAAAAUGGACAGUUGAACACUUUGAUGUGUUUAGGGAGGCAAAGUUGUCUUAAUCAUGGGUCUUUUUUUAUCAUCUUUUUAUUUUCCUCUAUCAUUGAUCAUUCUGUCUGCAGUGACAUUUCCGAACAUUGAAAAGUGGAAACUUUGAGGAUUACUCAGUUCUUUUUUUGUUUUGUUUUUUUCCAUUACAUUUUUGUCUUGCACCUCUUCACUUUGACAGUGAAAAUGCGAUCAGAACAAUUCAACACCUCUCCUCUCCUGCGAUCUAGCCUCUCUUCUUUUUUUUCUUUCUUUUUCUUUCUUUUUUUUUUUGCCUUGCAGUUGCUAAGUCUUAGUUUUUUUCAUGGGUAUAAAUUAAAACACUACUAUCACAGUGAAUAGUAGGCUCUUAAAUGUCUUUGAUGUUCUGCUGCAGCUUUUUAAUUUCAAUUUGUCAGAGAUUUCUCUUAGUUUAAUUUGACACUAAAUGUGAUGCAAAAAGUGGAAAUUCCUUGUCUUCCAAAAAAAGCAUACUUGUAUCCCCCCUGGAUCGAGUAUUAGGAACAACCCCUUCUUUGGAAGUUUUAGUUUGGUACCCAGUUUGCACAUGCUAUGGUAUAUCUGUUACCGUAAGGUUGUGUUUGAAACAGAAGCCCAACGUCUGUUCAGCGUUGAGAGAAGUGAAUUGUAUGUUAGCUAUUUGGUCCAGAGUGAAGGGCCAGCGUCAGGCUUGUGAUAUGAAGUGUAAAUCUGUUUUUAAUUUUUGUUUUUUUACGUUUUUUUGUUGUUGAGGGUUUUUUUUUUUUAAAGAUCAGUUAGUGAUCUUAGUACUAUAACUAAGCCAAGUUUGUAAUUGUAUAUUUACUGUAAAAUGUAGAACAUUGAAUAACUAUUAAAAUUUUCCUAUAAAAGGAA